UCUCCUCUCUGUUGUUCGAAAUCGAUCAAACGCACGAGCUCCGUGCGUUUUCACGACGUUCGUCUCGAUGGUGAAAUGAAACGGUCGGUGGCUGAUUUUUCGAACGGCGACAGAAAGGAAACCGGUUCGACGAACGGACAGAAAUUAACGGAAUAUUAGGCGUGCUGGUACGCGGGCACCAUCGUAGAGCUGGAAAGUCAUUCACGAAAUCCCGGUGUUAUCAGUUCACUCGCGAUGAAAGUCGAGUAGAAUCUUGGCCGGUGUGCAAAUCGAGGAAGAUUUAAUGGGAUCGGUUGUCCCGUGAAAGUUUUCCUUCCCUCGUGAGAUGUGCCGCAUCGUUGCAUCAAUGUUGGCGACGAGAUUUCGCAGGACGUCGAAAAGUCGCUCGACAGGACUCGAUCUUAAAUAAAAUCAACUCGACGAUCUCGUCGAAUCAGUGCUCUCUCUCUCUCUCUCUCUCUCUCUCUCUCUCUUUGAAAUAAUCGAUGAAAAUCUGCCCAAGGAUCGAAGAAAUUUAAUAGAAACUUUAAUAGAAUCGUAAAGGAGGAAUUUAUUGAGAGAUAAUAUAAUAUAACAUAAUCGUGAUUAUUGAGGGACUAUUGCUUUUGUUUGUUAAGAAGCUCAAGAAACAAGUGGCAAGUUUAUUAAAUGGUUGUCUCGCUUGUAAUCGGUUACUUUUAAAAAGCAGUGCGUCGAAAGAUUGAUGAUGAGAAUCCAGUGAACUUGGGAAUUUGUAGAGGCGAUUAAACGGUUUCAAGUGCUUUCUGAUACUAGAUAGAUUCACUUGUGGUUUAUCGUACGUGUGAGACUGUUUGAAAUUGAUAUUGUGAAACCCUCAACGUGGACACGUGGUGCACGAUAAAUGUUUCGGCACGCAGGAGGAACAUCUUGAUGCUCAUUCGCCCGAGGACCGCCAUUGUGACUUUUAUCAGAAUUAGAAGAAUUGGUGUCGUCAUGAAUACACCGCAAGAGCCGAAGCAGUACCGUUCGCCGUAUGGGUGCCUGGGUUGACGAUCGUUUCGCGGAGGAGGAGGCGGUCCCGAUUAACCAGGGCCCGAGAAGAAGGAAAGCAUUCCGCAUCCUGGGCCACGUUUGCGAUGGUGGCGGCCCAGAUGCGACUCACCAGCGUACAACGAGGAACUAUAGGAAUUCGUGCAGAUCGUCGUCAGCGUCGUUGUUGCCGUUACGCCGUCAGUUCACUAGACAGCUUUACGAGUGGCCCGGUUUACCGUUGUUUAAAUCAAGGACGAAACUAGACCAGUUUUGAAUCCGAUCGCGUCUGUUCUCCACGCGAUCAGUGCGAUCAGCUUUUCAUUCAUCCGCCAGUGCGAUAUGACUUUUUUUUUUUUUUUCUAGCGGUGCGCGCGUUUUUUUAAGAGAGUGCCACGAGAACACAGAGAGAAGGGGAACGAAUUGAUCUUGUUACAGAGGUUGCUCGGUAAAGCAACGGGGAGGGGGAGGUGGAUAACGAAAUUAGAAGCAAAACGAGAAAUUAAUUAAAUUGAAAGAUCGGUAAAAAGAAAAAAGAAAGAAAGAAAGAAUAGGUUCGAUGUCGUUGCGUUGGCCGCUCGAGGACUGCACGUGAGACAAGAGCGGUCUCCUCCUUGUUCCUGAUAGCGUCAUCAUGGCCGAGUGGGCCAAGUUUAAUGGCGAGGAGAAGCUGACUGAAUCGAGCGACACGAUCGAGACGGAGAGCAACAACAAAGAGGAGGACAGUACCGGCGGGUCGCGCGGCGAUUUGAGAAACGUCGAGGUGACACCGUCGCGGAAGAGCGACGAGGAGCUGUUGAUCGAGAGACGAUGUUCAUCGGUGAGCCGAACGUCCCAGGAAACGCCGCGUAGAGCCGAGUCGCGGAAAGUCAGCGACACCGCGUCGUCGGAAUUGAAUUCGUUGGUGAAGAACGCCUCGCGAUUGAGAAAGAAUUCCGAUCAGAUCGGUAUACUCUCCGAGGAGAUACAGUCGAAGGUGCCGAACGAUCAGAGCUACGUGAACGACGCGGCGAUCGAGAAGGACGAGGAGACGCGAAAUUGCCUGGAGAAGAAGGCGGCGUACGACGGUUACAACGAGCCUGGCUCGAAGAUCCGUCAGGAGGCUAGACACGAGUUGAAGGAACUGUCGCACAACUCCGUGAAGAAGCCCGACAGCCUGUACAAGGACAAUGUUGCCAGCCCGCCGAAACGCAAGAGCGUGUUCGCCGAGCGUAACUCGAUCUUCGGCUCGCCGACGAAGAUCCUGUCGAAGAAUCACUCGCCGUCCGAGAAGAGCACCGAGAAACUGGUCAACGGGAAAUCGCCGCGCGAGGACAAGCAACAGCACCACGUGCAGUUUAACAAGGACUCGAAGAAACAGCAGCAGCAACAGCAACAGCAACAGCAACAGCAACAGCAGCAGCAGCAGCAUUCCCGCGAGCAGAGGCCGCAAUCGAGCCCUUCGAUCCCACCGUCGACCACCAGCAGCUCGGAGGAUAAUUCCAGCUUGGGGCAAUUGUGCGAGGCAACGCCGCCCGACGGCGGUUGGGGAUGGGUGGUGGUCGCAGCUUCCUUCAUGGUUAACCUCAUAGCCGACGGUAUCACGUUCUCGUUCGGCGUGAUCUACGUGGAAUUCCUCAACUAUUUCGGCGAGGGGAAAUCGAAGACCGCCUGGAUUGGCAGCCUGUUCAUGGCGAUGCCGUUGUUGUCCGGUCCCGUGGCCAGUUUCCUCACGGACAGGUACGGCUGUCGAAGAGUUUCAAUAGCGGGCAGUAUCCUGUCCACGGCCGGUUUCGUGAUAAGCUCGUACGCGAAUUCGAUGGAGGUUCUGAUAUUCACGUUCGGCGUUCUCGCUGGCUUCGGUCUGUCCUUGUGUUUCGUGGCGGCGGUGGUGAUCGUCGCGUACUACUUCGACAAGAAGAGAUCGUUCGCCACCGGUUUGUCCGUGUGCGGGAGCGGCAUCGGAACGUUCAUAUUCGCCCCGGUCACGCAGUAUCUGCUGGCCGAGUACGGCUGGCGUGGCACCACGCUGAUACUUGCCGGUUUGUUCCUCAAUCUCGCGGUCUGCGGCUGCCUGAUGAGGGACCUCGAGUGGACCACCAUCCGAGCGAAGGCGAAGACCGAGGAGAGACGGAAGAACAGGGAGAAGAAGAGGACCAGGAUACAGAGCUCGAGCGUGGACUCGUUCUCCGCGAACAGUUCGCUGAAUACGUUGACGAUCAUGGAGAACAUACGGAUUCAGGAGGAGGAGGCGGAGGACGGCGAGAAGCUGUUUUCCAGCCUGGUGAGCCUGCCGACGUUCGUGAAGAACGGCGAGAAGGUGCCGCUCGAGGUGCUGGAGCUGCUCAGCACCCGUAAGAACGUGUACAACGUGUUGCUGCAGAAUUACCCAAGCCUGCUGAUCUCCUCGAGAAGCUUCAGCGAUUCCGGCCCGCUUCACGAUCAGCUGAGCACACCAUCGGCCAGGUUCGUACCGACGCCGAGCUCUCUGUCCGAGUUGAAAAGCGAGGAGAACAAGGACGACAAACCGUUGCCAAAUGACGAGCAAACGGUUCAACAGCAAACGGACGCCGCCUGGCGACUGUGGUGGUUGAAGAAAAUCAAUCUGGACAGCUCGUUGAGGAGGUCCAGCACCCUCGAGCACACCAGGAGACUACCCACUGCCUAUUUGAAGGAUAUCCGAGUGCACAGGCACAGCCUUACGUACAGAGGUGCUAUGUUGAAUAUAAAUCGAUAUCGGCUCAGGGCGUCCAGUUGCCCGGAUAUUUAUAGGAACUCGAUGACCACCAUCGCCAAGACCAAGCUCGUCUGGUACGCUGGUCUAUGGGAAUUCUGGGACCUCGUCGUCGAUAUGCUUGACUUCUCUCAUUUCGCUGACUCGCGUUUCUUGCUGUUCGCCAUUAGCAAUUUCCUUCUGCACACCUGGUACGACGUGCCCUACGUCUAUCUGACGGACAACGCGAUCGAGAUGGGCUUCAGCGAAACCGACGCCUCCAUCUUGAUAUCGGUCAUAGGGAUAACCAAUAUGGGCGGCGAGAUUCUGCUUGGUUGGGCAGGUGACAGAGCAUGGGUGAACGCGUCCAUCGUGUAUGCAGUAUGCAUGGCACUCUGCGGCGCGGUGACAGCUUUAAUACCCAUGGUAGUUGGCAGUUACUAUACUUUGUGCGCAAUCUCUGGUGCUUUUGGAUUGUUCAUCGGGGCGAACUAUAGUCUUACCAGCAUCAUCCUCGUCGAAUUGAUCACGCUGGAAAGAUUCACAAACGCGUACGGCCUUCUGCUCUUGGUCCAGGGUGUUGCAAAUCUUAUGGGUCCUCCAUUGGCUGGGUGGCUGUACGAUAUCACAGGGACGUACGAUUUGUCGUUUUACUUGGCCGGUUUUUUCAUCGCGUUGAGCGGCGUCCUGUUGCUGGCGAUGCCUUUAAUUAGCCUGUACCGGAAGUGCUUGAACGGCUCGAGGAAGGAGGAAACGGACAAGGAUUUCGCAAACGUGAACAGAGUCUGAACGAGAACGGCCGUCGUCUGAUCAUUUUCAAGAAGAAAACAGAAAAAAAAACGGAAAAAAAGAAAAAAAGGAAAAAAAAAGAAGAAGAAGAAGAAGUACUACUACGAUCGUCGAUGACACGAUAAUUACCAAUAUACAUUACAUCGAUCUAUUAUCGAUUCAACGGAAUUUAUGGAAACGUAACACUUCCAACCAAAAGGAAUUGCAAUUAGCAUCUGUGCAAUUAGUUUUACAGCGGUAUCUUUUUCCCGCGUUUACGCUAAUUAAUACCAGCCGCGUGUUUUACAUUUUCAACAAUUACGAUUUAUUAUAAUAUCGUUCGUGGUUCCUUCGUAGA